AAAAAAAACAUGCCAAGCACAAAAAAUCUUAGGCAUCUCAACUUUUGUUUCCCAAACUCCACUUCCAAACAAGAAUCACCAUCUCCUCCUAUAAGCCCCAUUGCUCCUUCCACUUUUCCAAAUGAUAUCCAUCAUCAAAACCAUAAUAUUAAUAAUCACGAUCUUCCAAGUCCAUCACCCUCAUCACUUAACAUGAUCAAGAACUUUAAUUCUCUCUAUGACCCUUCCUUAUCUUUUAAUCAUGAUCAUUCCCUACGUUUCUCUUCUCUCUCCACCAUUACCACUACCAUAACUUCUUCCUUUGAUUCCGAACCCGAAAUAGAACUUGAACCGGCGGAUUUUGCCGCCGCCUUCUCCUCCCAACGUUUUUUCUUUUCGUCCCCCGGACAAUCCAACUCUCUUGUUAAAUACAAUAAUAAAAACCCUAAUUCUAAUUCCUCCUCGUCUUCGUUACCGUUCCUUGUUAACACCCGUCAAUUUGACGAUGCUAACAACGAUAAAAAUAACAACGAUAAUAGUAACAAACAGAAAAAGAAGGACGUGAUUUUCAAUGGAAGUGUGGCCGUACCAACGUACUCGCCGGAUCCCUACUUAGAUUUCCGGCGAUCCAUGCAAGAAAUGGUGGAGGCACGGCCAGAACUUAUGGAUGUAAAAUCAAAUUGGAAUGUGUUACAUGAGCUUCUUCUUUGUUACCUUGCCCUCAACCCUAAAAGCACACACAAGUUCAUUAUUGGGGCUUUUGCUGACCUUCUUGUUAGCCUCAUGCCAUUCUAGCUUUUCAUCCACCACCGUCGCUGGCCGCCACCAAAUCUCCGGUACCAUUCGAUAAAUUUUGAUUUUGUUUUUGUUAGAUCAAAAGUUAUUAUUACUAUUGUAUGUU